CAAAUCUUUAAUGCUUAGUUUAAAGUUAAACCAAAUUAUAAGCACAUAAGCAAUUUGUUCAUCCAAACUCCUUUUUCUCUAAAAUUUACCACAAUUUCGGGCCGCCACAAUCGCAACCGCUGUUCAAAAAACUACCCAUGCUCCCUUCCCGCCAUCUCCGCGCCGCCGCGCGGCAGCGCAGCCACCGGCGACCGGCUGCCGCCGGCGAUGCCUGCUCCGGCAAGCCGGACGCGGAGGUGAUCCGGCGCAACAAGGCCAUCACGGCCCACAUGCGCGCGGGCCGCGUCCCCGACGCCGAGCGCCUCUUCGCCGCGAUGCCCCGCCGCUCCACCUCCACCUACAACGCCAUGCUCGCCGGGUACGCCGCCAACGGCCGCCUCCCGCUGGCGCUCUCCUUCUUCCGCUCCAUCCCGAACCCCGACACCUUCUCCUACAACACGCUCCUCCACAAGCUGGCGGUCUCGUCAUCCCUCGCCGACGCGCGCGGCCUGUUCGACGAAAUGCCCGUGAAGGACGCGGUGUCCUACAACGUCAUGAUCUCGUCCCAUGCCAACUAUGGGCUUGUCUCGCUCGCGCGGCACUACUUUGACCUUGCUCCUGAGAAGGACGCUGUCUCAUGGAACGGCAUGCUUGCUGCUUAUGUCCGGAAUGGACAGAUCCAAGAAGCGAAGGGUCUGUUUGAUUCAAGAACAGAGUGGGAUGCCAUUUCUUGGAACGCUUUGAUGGCUGGGUAUGUGCAGUGGGGCCAGAUGGCAGAAGCGCAGGAGAUGUUUAAUAUAAUGCCACAGAGGGAUGUUGUGUCUUGGAAUACUAUGGUGUCCGGUCAUGCGAGGAGAGGGGAUAUGGUGGAGGCGAGAAGGUUGUUUGAUGAAGCCCCAGUUAGGGACGUGUUCACAUGGACAGCUAUUGUUUCUGGUUACGCACAAAACGGAAUGCUUGAAGAGGCCAGGAGGGUGUUUGAUGCCAUGCCAGAGAAGAAUGCCGUGUCCUGGAAUGCAAUGAUGGCAGCAUAUGUCCAGCGGAGGAUGAUGGAGGAGGCAAAGGAAUUGUUUGAUGCUAUACCCUGCAGGAACGUGGCAUCGUGGAACACAAUGUUGACAGGGUAUGCUCAGGCUGGGAUGUUGGAGGAGGCGAGGGCAAUUUUUGACAUGAUGCCACAGAAGGAUGCAGUCUCGUGGGCUGCAAUGCUGGCUGCGUAUUCGCAAGGUGGUUUCAGUGAGGAAACCCUGCAGUUGUUCAUAGAGAUGGGGCGUUGUGGUGAGUGGGUGAAUAGGUCAGCAUUUGCUUGUGUUUUGAGCACAUGCGCUGACAUUGCUGCACUUGAGUGUGGAAUGCAACUGCAUGGUAGGUUGAUUAAGGCUGGUUACGGGGUGGGCUGCUUUGUCGGGAAUGCACUCCUAGCUAUGUACUUCAAAUGCGGGAACAUGGAGGAUGCUCACAAUGCAUUUGAGGAGAUGGAGGAGAGGGAUGUUGUUUCAUGGAAUACUAUGAUUGCAGGCUAUGCACGGCACGGUUUUGGCAAGGAAGCACUUGAGGUUUUUGAUACAAUGAGGACGACGUCUACCAAGCCAGAUGAUAUUACUUUGGUUGGAGUCCUUGCAGCAUGUAGUCAUUCUGGCUUGGUCGAGAAAGGCAUUUCAUACUUUUAUUCAAUGCACUGCGAUUUUGGUGUGACAGCAAAACCUGAACACUACACUUGUAUGAUAGACCUCCUUGGACGGGCUGGACGAUUGGAUGAAGCACUUAAUCUUAUGAAGGACAUGCCGUUUGAGCCUGACUCUACCAUGUGGGGUGCAUUACUUGGUGCUAGUAGGAUCCACCGCAACUCUGAACUAGGCAGGAGUGCAGCUGAGAAAAUAUUUGAGUUGGAACCUGACAAUGCUGGCAUGUAUGUCUUGCUUUCAAAUAUAUAUGCAUCCUCUGGCAAAUGGCGUGAUGUGGACAAGAUGAGACUUAUGAUGCAUGAGCGUGGUGUGAAGAAGGUUCCUGGAUUCAGUUGGAUCGAAGUACAGAACAAAGUCCACACUUUCUCAGUGGGUGAUUGUGUGCAUCCUGAGAAAGAAAACAUAUAUGCUUUCCUCGAAGAACUUGACAUCAGGAUGAAAAAGGCUGGCUAUGUGUCAGCUACAGAUAUGGUUUUGCAUGAUGUGGAGGAGGAAGAGAAGGAGCACAUGCUCAAGUAUCAUAGUGAGAAGCUUGCUGUUGCUUAUGGUAUUCUAAAAAUUCCUGUUGGGAGGCCCAUCCGGGUGAUAAAAAACCUGAGAGUAUGCGGAGACUGUCACACUGCUUUCAAGUACAUCUCUGCGAUUGAGGGCAGGCUGAUCAUAUUGCGGGAUUCUAACCGUUUUCACCAUUUUAAAGAUGGUUCGUGUUCAUGUGGUGAUUACUGGUGAUGAUGAUAUUCUGAAGGAACUGCAGUUGACACCAAAAUUGAUUACAAAAUGCAGGCUACAUACAAAAAUAGUAGGCAUCCUGAUGUCUGGAUCUGUCGAUGUUAACCACUAGGCCUGCUAUUUUAGUAGUGAUUCAAAAAGAUUAUUCUGGUGAUUUACCAUGUUUAAGGCUUUCAGUCCACUGGUGACUGUUGAGAUUGAUACCUUGAGAGGAAAAAAAGGGAAGAUAUUUCCUCUCAAAAGAUACCUAGAGAAAGAGAAAAAAUCUUUUGAGUGCAUGUUCCAGUCUCACAUGAUGGGAACAUUCCUUAACUGUCUCUGUGGACAAGUUUUCUAGCAUUUAUCGGUUGGCCGAACCUCGGACAUAAAGAUGAUAUCCCUUGUAACUUGUCAAUAGGGAGAGGCCAACAGGGAGGGGCUUCAGCUAAGAGGAUGGUAGUAUUCACUGCAAUAUUCUCUAUCGGGCUUGGAUAUACCUGGCGGGGACAAACCAAGCUGAAGAAAGCAAUUGCAGUCAGAAUAACAACGAUGGAGAAAUGUAACGAUUCUUCAUUUGCUCAGGAAUACUUUGCAUGAUCAAUCAGGUGAUGCAAACCAGUUGCAAGUGGAUAUGAUCUGAAUUCUGAUCCAUAUCAUGCAUCUGAUCUAGUUGUUACCAGCGAGGAGCAGAGCGGCUCAGUAUGCUUUCGUGGAGCUGAAGAUUUCGUUCAGUCUAGUGGGUGGAUCUUCGGAAUCUGCGCAUCUCUGUGCUGUAUCGGGCAAUUACAAGUGCGUACUAUCGAGGGGCUGUUGGUGCACUUGUCGUGUACGACGUGACACGCCAUGUGACCUUUGAGAAUGUGGAGAGGUGGUUGAAGGAGCUCCGUGAUCACACCGAUGCAAACAUUGUCA